GUCUUCUAUUAGGGCCAGGCUCCUCCUCCCUCCCCAGCUCAUUAAGGACAUGAGCUCACUGGGGAGGGGGGAGCACUGAAAAAGAAGGAAAAAAUGCUACUAUUUAACCCUCCCUCCACUGUCCAACCAGAUAACCCACCUCAUGGGCCACACCCUUACCCCCUAGAAAAUGGGAUGCGACUGAGAAGCAGAGACCACAACCUCUUUUCAUUCUUGCAUCCUAGAAGCUGAGGGCUCUAGAGGGACUGUGUGGGGCUGGGCUGAGAAGGAGCCUGGGGCUUGGGAUUUACCACCUGCUUCCCUCUUGUAGGGAAAGGACUGCACAAAGGUGCCGGGGUUUAUUGUGACUGCUGAGUGGGGGAGGAGAGAGGUACAUGCACCUUGUUGAGCAUCCCUGGUUAUGGAAAUUAUUCCACAACUUUCCUUGAGGUUGGCCAGUGGGGGGAAGACAGGGGUUAGGGUUAGUAGGUGCAGUCUUCCAUCUCAUCUGCUAGGAAAAGGGACCUUAAGAGAUCCUGGCAACACCCAUUUUCCUAAACCUUAAUCUCAUCCUAAAGGGGAGGGAAAAGCCAGAUGAGUUCUACAGUCAGCCCCUCACACACAAAAGAAUAAAUUGCACACGGUCCCAUGAGAAGCGUGUGUGUUCAGAGAGGGACAAAGCAUAUAAGUACACACUGCACAUAUAUGUGUAUACAUCAUGCAGUAAACUAAGACUGGACAAAUUGCACAAGCGCUCACACACACACACACACACACACACACACGCUCACUCUCCUUCCCUUAACAACAGCCUGCGUGCAUAGCAACCAAUGCAAAGAGCCUUCCGGUUGGGGGGAGGGGAGGCGUCUCCUUGGAGACAGAGCCAGGCAGAGGGUCCCAACUAAACUGAAGGCGACCGAGGCAGCUGGACCUCAGCAGCCACUCAUUUCUGGCUCUUUCUGCUUAAGGAGUCUCCUGAUACAAAACCACUGAACUCUGUGUCACAGCCCCAGCCUCUUCCCAGGUAACCAUGGCAAUCCCCCCACCAUCGAAGAUUUCAGUAUCAAAUCCAGCCUCCAACACACGGAGGAUGCGUCGAAUCAUUGCAGAGGACCCAGAAUGGUCCCUGACCAUCGUGCCCAGGCUCUCUGAACUCUGCUUACAGCAUAUUGUCAGCAACUUUGAAAAAAAUCCUGUACUCACCCAGCUCAAUCCAAUCCAGCAGCGGAGGGUGCUGGACCGCCUCUCCACUGACCUGCCCCUGAAGGUGGUCGCCAACCUGGUUACGGACGAGAGCUACUGGCGCCGCCGCUGCAACCAGCGCUGGGCGGUGGGACACGUGGAGAAGUAUGGGAACAGCUGGAAACGAAUGUUCUUCGAGAGGCACCUCCAAGACCUCUUGAAAUACUUCAUCCCGGGGACCACGGACCCCAGAGUGAUUCUGGAGCUGGUGCCUCUGUGCCAGGACUACGUGGUCAGGCUCAGCGUGGACCAGUUCCUGCCCCCUGUGAAGCUGGAACAGCAGAUCCAGGAAAUGGAGCAGUCAGACUCAGCCAGCGAGACUGAGGUGGAGGAGUUCAGCAUGGACCACUAUCAACUGGGGCAACUGGUGGCCGGGCUCCGGCGGCUGGAAGAGCUCGAUCUGGUGUUCGGAGUGAAGGACUGCGGCAUGAACUUCGAAUGGAACCUCUUUCUCUUCACCACCCGAGACUGCCUCUCCCUGGCUUCCACCAUUAAGGCUUGUCACACCCUCAAGGUUUUCAAACUGACUCGGAGCAAGGUGGAUGAUGAGAAGGCUCGUGUCCUGAUUCGAAGUCUCAUGGACCACCCAGCCCUUCUAGAGCUAGACCUCUCACACAACAAUAUUGGGGACCGAGGCGUGCGGGCUGCAGCUAAGCUGAUCAACCACAGCCACCUGCAAAUCCUCAAGCUGGCCAACAACAAAAUCAGAGCCUUGGGGGCCCAGGCACUGGCACAUGCUCUGUCUUACAACACCACCCUCCUCUCCCUCAACCUUCGCCUCAACUGCAUUGAGGAUGAGGGUGGGCAGGCCCUGGCCCAUGCCCUGCAGAGCAAUUCAACCCUCACCAACCUGCACCUGGGGGGCAAUGAACUAUCUGAGCCCACGGCCACUGUGUUCUCCCAGGUGCUGUCUGUCAAUACCGCUCUGACCUGCAUCAAUCUCUCCUGCAACCACAUUGGUCUGGACGGUGGGAAGCAGCUCUUGGAGGGCAUGUCGGACAACAAGACCCUGAUGGAGUUUGACCUGAGGAUGUCUGAGAUUGGCCAGGAGAGUGAAUACCUCAUAAGCGUGGCCCUCAAUGCCAACCGAGAGGCUGCCCGUCUUCGGACCUUGCAGCCUACCUGUUGUCAUAUAACAGUUAACCAUAUCAACAACGCUGCAGAUUAAGGGAAAGGUGACUGGCAUCUGAGGCGUCCGCCUACUUCUCAGUCCCCCCUUCCCCACUCACUGACCCCACCAUUCCCUUGCCCACUGACCAGCCUCAUCCCUAAGAUAAUCUAAUAAAGCCCCUGAACUCCU